AUGUCCCUACAAGGUGAGUUUUGGUAUAACUCAUGUAAGAUAAAAAAAAAAAAAAAAUGAACGUUAAUUACAGCUCCAGAAAGGAUUUACUUCUCUCCUAUAAAAUUAGGAGAUCUGAAACAUUCAUGAUGGUCACUACGAAUGUUGAGAAGCCUGGAUACAACCAUUAGUAACAAUCAGCUCGGUAAUAGUUGUUUUCUGAAUUUUAUUAUUUCAGAAAGUGUUUACGUUGCAGGAAUAAAGGUACUAGGCCUUGCUGGCGCCCGAGAGUAUAAGAAAGGCAGGAAAAGUGAGUGGUGAGUGUGUGGGGCGACACUGUACCCUCCCCACGGUUUUGGAGGACAAAGUGAAAGAUGGAGGCGGAAGGAAGGGCCAGUGAGCUGCGUAUGCUUGACCUCUGAGUGGACGUAGGGGUAAAAAAAAAAAAAAAUGAUACGUUUCGGAAAUAACUUGUAUCGUAAGUAGAGAACGUGCAUCCGUUAAGCAGCCGCGCAUUGCAAGGCCACGAGAGUACGUGGUAUGAUCGCAAGUGACACGUCCGGAAAUUAGCGUUUAAUUGCGUGUGUCUUAAUAGAAAAAAAUAGCUGAUUUCCAAAUUAUACAUCAAAGUAUGACCUCGUCUAGUUCAGGAGAGUCCUUCGUAUAGUAAAACACAUCAAGACGUCUCAGUGUAGAUAUAAAGAUCAUAAAGUAAUAGAUAUAAAGAUGUAAAGUGGAUAAAUAAAUAAGAAAAAGUGUUAAAUCAUUAGUGUGAGGCCAUUUGUGUGUUGUAAAACACACAAAGGCGCUAAAUUCUGUCCACCAAUUAGAGGCAGUUAGGCUCAUUACCGCUCAUGUGCAGUCUUGAGUUCAAUAUAUUACUUUACGACCGCUGUUUACUUACUGUAUAAAACAUCUGUGACCAGGGUUGUGUCUUUGAGCCAAACUGUGACCAGAUAACACGUCAGGAGCGGUCAGACUUGCCCUUCACCUGAAGCACCACCAUCUGCGCCUUUGCCUUUGCUUAUUACUUGUGAGUGUUGCUUGUGAGUCACCAUUGCCCCUGUUCCUUUUUUGUCAAUAUUGAUACUCGCUAUUACGUAUGUGCGUCUUAUUGAUAGGUAUAUAGUGUGUAUGAAAACUCUGUAUUAGUUCCUCAUGCAUCUGCGAAAUUCCCUUGAUCCUUGAUGCUAUACUCGUAGGUUAGUUUAUUUAUUUAUUUAUUCCGUUAUGUAAGAGGGACACUGGCCAAAAAGCAAGGUUGAAAAGAAUAAUCGAAAAUUGGAGGAUUAACUGGUAGCAUCCUACUCUGCAUCUUCUAUAUAUGUUACUUUAUCUAUCAUAAGCCAGUAUAAGCCUAAAAUCAUCACCUGACAUUUUACGUCAAUCCAACAAACGUAUUUAAAAAUUCGCGACCACGUUGAUGUUUUUGGUGUAACAUUGUUGGAGAAGCGUGGUGGUAGUGGUGGUGGUGGUAGAGGUGGGACGUGAGGACGUGAGGAUCUGUCACUGACCUUGCGAUGGCUGGCUUACCCUUGAGCAGUGGUGGGUGAAGGAGAUCGAGGGGAAUGAGGCAACCACGACAUCAGGGAACAGGUGUGUGAGGGGACAGGGAUGAGGUAGGAUGAGAUGAGACGCUUCGAUGCCUCUACUGUCCUUCCCUACACACACACACAUCUGUACGUGACAUUCCUGUUAGUUUAUUUCUUUGGUGGUUGUUUUUCUUCUGUUUUAAUAUUUUUUCUAUUGUUUAUUUAUGUUUUGUCCCUUGUUUCUUUGUUCGAUGGUAAUUUAGUUAUUUAUUUUUUUGUAGAACGUCAGUAAAACGUAAAGGAAAAUCUGCCCUCCGUCCUGUAAUAUUUGGGAAAAUGUUAGGUUUUGUAGGAUAUCUCGUCUUACCUCUCGCGCUCCCUCCUUCCUAGGCAUUGAAAAAGUGCGGGAAAUUUGAAGGUUUAUAAAUGCACUGGUGUGUGAGUGUUAUUGCUAGUUAUCUCUCUCUCUCUCUCUCUCUCUCUCUCUCUCUCUCUCUCUCUCUCUCUCUGUCAGUAGUUGCACAGGUCUUCAAGGGUAUUUUUACGGUUUUAGUGACAGAUUAACAUUUCUACAUUAAUAACAGGAGAAACACCAUUGAAAACCCUGAUAAUCAUCUUUAUAGCUUUGAAAAACAGUCGUGAGGAGAGAGAGAGAGAGAGAGAGAGAGAGUAGGAGCAUUUCAGUUGAGCCUAUUCUGCCCUGGUUCGUGUUUGCUGCGGUGACACGGUGCCGCACUGAGUGAAGAUUGCGUUCAUAAUCACUUAUCGGGGGUGGAGUGGGGAAAGGAGAGUCAGGAAGUGAGGAUAUUUAUAUUAUUUGACAUAUUAUUUGAUAGCAUGUCAACUUUUGUGUGUGUGUGUGUGUGUGUGUGUGGGUGGGUGGGUGGGUGUUGGAUCAGUGACAGGUGGCGCUGGGGAGUUACCACGGCGAGCGGCUGGCUGGCUGCAGUGUUUUGGUCAGCACUGGUCAAUCUUGCCCUACACGCUCUAUUAACCAGUGUUUCCGUCUUCCCGACACCUUCUUCCUGCACCAAGCACCGUCAAGCAUCACCAGAGACGCACGAGUACGUAAGCCAUCCAACAUCAGAACAGUAUAUGAAUAUGGCAAAUGCUGUUUUGACAUCAUUUCCUGCCUUCCUGAGAAACAGUGAUCUCGAGGAGCAUGAAUUGCAGCUGCAAUGGAAAUUGCGCAUCCAGCGCAAGUUUCAGAAUUCAAGAAAGAGGCAGGAUUCCUCAGUGACUGAGGUGACGUCAAGGAAAAAGAAGAUCCCUUGCAUAGCGCCAAAAGAGACUACGUAAAGGCUUACCUUCCACCAAGGCCCCAUUCAGAAGAUGAUGCGUCAUUAAAGAGACAUAGACAGUGGCUUGCUCUACAUUGGAUGAAGAAAGAUCCCGAGUUAGAUGAGGCAGAACGCCUCAUGCAGUUGACACUCUCUGAGAGACGCAAAAAAAUAAUCAAUGGGAACAUUCUUGUAGCAGAAAUCCUGAACUUGUAUCCAUGGAUUCAGACUUUUGAUGGCAUAAUCAAGGAGUUCCUGAGAUUAGAACCACAAGCGGAUGAACCAGACCCAAGAGUAGCAGUUUUGAAAGGGCUGGAGAAAUAUAGGCUCCCAAUAAUUGCCAUUCUCAAAAAAAGAAAAGCAGUUCCUCUGUAUAUGGAAACCUUACUUGAACUCUAUGACCACGAUGAAAGUCAAUAUGCUUGCUUAGUUAUAUUGGGGUUACUUCACCUGCUUGGAGAAAGGAAAGACUCCAUUUUUACUAAGGUACCAGAAGAAGAACUAAGAACAGGGCAGUCUAGUGUGUAUUUGAUGGUGCACCUGUAGCUGAACCAACAUGUAUUUCUAUGGCUGUAGUCUCAUUGGUAGCAGGGCUUUAUGUUUUAAUAUUGAACACCCAAAAAAUUGUGAACAUUUCCUCCGUUUCACAACAUCCCAUCUCUUAGGUAUCAAGUAUGACAAAGGUAACACUUCAAAAACAAGAUCUCUACUUGUAAAACUCAAUGAAGUAAAGACAGAAUUGAGCUACAAAAAUGCAUAAAUCUGCUUCCAAAUAUAUUCAACUCCACACAUAAUGCCUCUCUCUCUCUCUCUCUCUCUCUCUCUCUCUCUCUCUCUCUCUCUCUCUCUCUCUCUCUCUCUCUCUCUCUCUCUCUCUCUCUCUCAAACACACACACACUAGUCAAUUACUAGUUAAAGAUUAAUCAGUGAAACACACACACACACACACACACACACACACACACACACACACACUAGUCAAUUACUAGUUAAAGAUUAAUCAGUGAAAUAAAUACAUAACAUUAUGUUAAUAAGUUUUCUAAAAGGAAAAGGAAAUACUUGUACUUCCCCUUCCCCCCACCCAGUAUUCA